AUAUCCCAAUAUAUAGAAACAGAGAUUAAUAUCCAAGGCAUGAAUUCUCAAUAAUAGGAAUCAAACGAGAUACGUUAACUAUUAAGUGAAAUAAUGGACUAUUUUUUCCCAGUAUACAUUUAAAUUCUACAAGAUACCUAAUCUCAAUUCGAAGAAAAUAGUAUGUAAAAAACCCGAAAGAUAAUUUUGGAAUUUUUAAGCAAAUAACCAUAUAUAGUAUAUAUUAGAAAUUAAUAAACAAAUUUAGUAUUUUACGAAAUUUUAUUGAAUAUAGUAAUAAAAGAUAAUGAAUAAAAUGCAAUAAUAGCCUCUAAAAUACUGAAUGAGUUUAUAAAGAAUUUACAUUUACAAAUAGUAAUAGACUUAAAUAGAUAAUUUAAUGCAACAUGAAUUAGCAGAAAUAUAAAAUACAUAUUAAAAACUUUAAAGCUUAACAGAAACUGUUUAUGAGAUUUUAUAUGAAAAAACUAAAUAAAUAUAUGACUUUAGUACAAAUGUGAAAGAAUAAAGUAAAUAAUUUGAAAUUUAUAAAGAGUAAAAUUACUAAAAUUAAUAGUAAAAUAAUAAUUCUUGUUAAAAAAUUAUACCCAAUAAUGUCUCCUUAUAGUUUUUGAGUCAAUUGCCUCACUUUUUUGUAAAUAUAGCAGAUUUCGAUUUAUAGCCUUUUGCAAAUAUUUACCAAAAGCAAAAAUAAAGCGAAAGUCAAAACGCUCUUUCGGCAAAAGUAGUCCCUUCCGAAGAAACUAAUGAAGGAAACCAAAAGGGAUACGAUGCUUUUAUGUAAAACAUCACCAAUAAAUUAAAAGACUCGAUUUCUUAUAUAAUAAAGACCCUCCUGGAGAUGAAACUAAAUGAGAUAUGUGAAGAAAUGGGGAAAUAAUUCACAUUCGAAUUCUUUAUAGCACUCACAAAGUUAAAUUAAUUCCUUUUAAUAUUAAUAAAAAGGGGAAACGACGUCCUAAAUAAAGCUGUAUUUAAAAACAUGAACCAAGAAUACCUAAAUUAGCUUUUAGACUAAGAUAAAAUAAUCGAUUCAUGUCUAAGUUUGAUCGAUAAAUGUCCUGAAGAGAUUCAAAUGUAAAAAGUUGACGUAAUAAAUAAACUAAAACAAUUCAUUUAAUUUAAAGACGGCAAAAUAAAAAGUAAAUACAUUCAAAUAAUUGCCAAUGAACAAAAAAUGAUUGGAAACGUAAAAUUUAUAAGCGAAUAAUUCAAAAAUGUAAUGUAUAAUUCAUAUUAAGAAAUUAAUAAAUAAACUAUACUCUCAUCUUUUUUUAUACUUUAAACUCAGUCUAUAAUAACCAUUGUACCUCCUCGAAUAAAUGAAUUAACAAUACAUUUUUAAACCCUAAAUAUGAUAAUAGAGAAUUUGAUAAAAAAUAUGUUCGAUUCUUAAUUAUGUAUUAAUUUAUAAGAUAAGUCAUUAGAAUUUCUUAAAACUAUACUAAAAAAGCAUAUCAUUUAUUUACAAAAUCCGCCUUAAAGACCCAAAAACUCUAAAGAAGCGAAACAAAUAAAACAUAAUUUACUAAUGAAAGUAUUAAAUACAAUAAAUUUAAAAUACAAAGAAAUACAUAAAACAUUCGAUUUAAUAAGAAAAUAUGUUGCCGAAGUCAAAAAGAACAAGAAUGUUAAUGAGGAGUAAAUCAAAAAAAACUCUUAAAAAAAUAUGUCUUAAACUACUUCUUCCAAAAAAGGAGAUUUAGACAUUUCCUAAAUGCCUAAAAUAAAAAUGACUGAAAAUGAAAAAGACAUCGAAAACUGGAAAAAAACACGAAUUGAAUUUAUUGAAAAAAACGAUAUCAAUUUAAGCCAAAACCUCCUCACUUUAAACUAAAUGUAACUCUCAUAUUUAGAUAUUUAUAAUGAAAAAGAAGUUGUUCGUACAAAUGAAGUUAUAAUAAAAUCUGGCCAAGAACUUAAUUAUAUAAAAGAUAUUAAAAUGAAGAUUAUAGAGCAUUUAAUUCAUAUAUAAGCGGAUAUAUAGAGAUAUUUCUACAAUGAAAACCGUGAGGAAGAAUUUACUAAUUUUACCUAAAAAUACUAAAAUUUAACGGCCAAUUAAUUACAAAAUAGGUAAAAAUAGCUCUCUAUAAUGAAUAUAUUAUCUACUGAAUAAAGAAAUAUUGUUAGAAAAAUACUUAGAAACGGUCUUUUAGUUUUCGAGCAUUUCCAUGAUUAUGAUCUUCAUGUAGAUUAGUAAUAAAAAAGGAAUUCUUUGUAUUUUUUUAUGCUUAAUUUUGCAAAUAUAAACGACAGAAUUUCCUUUAAAGACAUUUUUGAACCCAAUAUGGAUAUUAUAUUUAAACUUCUAUUAAAAUAUCACAAUAUAUGUGGUGAAUAAUGCUUAAGAAACCUUAUUAUAGACCCUUUUGUAAACCAAGAAUAAAUUUAAUAAGGACAAUAAUAAUAUUUAAUUGAAAAUGUGCAUUUAGCUUAAAUUUUAAUUACUUAUUUAAUGCAAUAAUUAAAUACAAAUAUAGAGCUGAUAGACUAAUUUUCUCCUUUUUAUGAAUAUAAGGAUAAUUUCUUCCCUAUAGUGUAAUAAUUAAUAAGAAUACCAUUAAGGUGUUUUUCUAAAUUUAUGGAAACUGAAUUCGCAAGCCAAUAUUUCCGUUUAAUUAUAUUUUUCCUAAUAAAAAAAGCUCAUACGUCUUUCUAUCCUCUCGAAUAUCUAACUUUAUUACGUUCGCUUUUUAAAAACCUUUUAAAUUCAUAAAAUUAAAUGAAUUAAAUGAGUAAUACUUUAAUGAUUUAAUUCUAUAAUAUAUGCACUAAAGACUAAUAAUUUUAAUUCGAAAAUCCCUCUUCUUCUUCAUCUUCUAACUAAUAAUAAUAAUUUUAAAACAUAAACAUAUUAGAAAAUCUAAUAGCUUUAUAUGAAACCGAUAUAAUGGAAAUUAAAUAAAUAGUCUGCGAAAUUAUCAUUAUUCUUCCUUUGAGAAUUAAAUAGACACUAAUGUUGUGCAAAACUAAACUUCUUGCUAAGCCUUUAGUUAAGUGCUUAUCGCUUUUUGAUUAAUCCUACACUACGAGAACUUUGAAAAUUUUAGACUAGAUAGUGGGCUAUAAUACAUAGGAAGACUUAUAAAAUUUCCUUGAGGAUGUAAAAGAUGAAUUAAUAGAUAAAUUAUAUGAAAUCCUCUACGAAUAAAAAGUUGUGUAGGAAAUUAAAAAUAAAAAUGCUGAUUUUAACGAAAUAAACAGAAAAAUUUAAAGUGAUCCCGUCACUACAGUAAUAAAACUUCUCGGAAGAUUAAAUCAUAUACCCAGAAUUCAUAAAAUGGAAUUAAAAGUAGGAGAAUAUGUAUAGAAUUGUGAAAAAAUGGACUCUUUUUACAUUAAUAUUUAAGAUAAUGAAAAUAAUACUUUAAAAUUAUAAUUAACACCCAUGAUAUUGCAUUCUAUAGAUAUUUUUAAUAAAUUAAUCGAAAAUUUCUAUUGCUAAACUGUUAGAGGAAAUGUAAUAGAAGGGGCUUUUUCAGUUUUGAAAAUUGCCCUUUUUUCUUAUUUACCAAACUCAAUUUUUGAAAGUACUUAAGAAAUGUAAGAAUAUAGAUAGUAUAGAAACUAAUAAGAAGGGGAUGUUUUAGAAGAAAAGGAAGAUUUAUUAGAUAAAAUUGUAUGCACAUUUAUCGAAAUAAUUGGUAUUGAUUAAAAAUUAAUGUGGAAAUUUUCACUUAUAAAUAGAUUAAAAAACGAAGCUUAAUAAAUAAUAGGGAGUCUAAGUAAAAGCUUAUGUUUUAUAUAUUUAAAAGAUGAUGUUUUGUUUAAAAAAUAUUUCGAUGUAAUUAUUUAAAAUGGACUAAAAUGUACAAAAAACAAAGUAAUAAUUUUAAGAGAAGACUUAAAUAAUUAAAAAGAGUAACUUUUAGGACAAUUCGAGUUUUUGUCAAAAAUGUUUAAAUAAAUUCACGAAUAAAUCAAGGAAAAAGAAAGCUAUUUUAUAAUAAAUUAUUAAGAUUACUUUCUUUUAAGUGUCCUUAACCAUCUUUUAUAAGCUUCGAAUUAGAAUAAAAUUUAUGGCCUGUAAGUUAUUCUAUUGGAAUUUAUUGAAGAACAUUUGCUAGAAUAAGUUCUUUUAUAAAAAGAAACUAACAUAAUAGACAUUAUUAACACCGUUUUUGUAAUAAUAAACCAAUACCCAGACAUUGUUAUGAUAAAAUCAUUUAAAAUUUCCCAAUAAAUAUUAAAGAAAAUGAUUCAGUUUUUAAAGAAAAAUAAAAAUAAUAUCCUCCCUAUCACUUUUAAAGGAAUACUAGCUAUUUUUGUCCAAAACCUUCUUUCAUAUAAAGAUUUAGUAUAUUAAAUAUCCAAAGACUUUCUUUUAAAUAUAUGCUAAGUAAUUCUAAAAAAAAGCCUAAUAGAAGUUUUAAAAGAAUAAAUUGAUAAAAACUCCUUUGAAGAAUUCGAAAAAAACUCCCAAUCAUAAAUUUAAAUGCCUCAGUAAGAAACAUAUGUCUAAAACUACAAAUAAAACUCCAUAUCAGAUAUUAUUUCUUAAAACAACAACACUUUUUUAGCGAUUCUUCUUACUAAAAUAAUCAAUAUAAUUAAUAAUUUUACAAAAAACCAUAAUAACUUUGAAAACAUCAAAUAAAUGAAAUCUGUGGAAAAUGCCUACAAAACAAUCGAAUUUAUUAUGGGAGUAGAUGCUUCUAAGCUUCCAUUUAGACUCGUUUAAGAAGACGAAAACAUCAUCCAAAUUGAAAAUGAUCCUGUACCUUCUUUUCCUGAAAAAUACUUUAAGUUUGAUAAAGACAUUCUCUAAAUAAUAAAUAAUAGUACAUUCAUAAUACAAAAAAAUAACGAAAUAAUGUCCAAAAACGUCAAAAUAAUAAUUCAAAAUCACAAAUAAUAAUAAAAUAUUCCUUUAAAUUAAAGACCACAAUUACCUCCUUAACCUUUAUAAUAACAGAGUUCAUAAUAAUCUUAAUCAUAAUAAUAAUUUUAAUAAUAAUAAUAAUAAUUUUAAGGGCCGUCUGAAUAAUAAUCAUAAGGCAUACAUAUUCCAAUAAGUAAUCCUUAUAUUCCACCAUCAAUAAAUUUACAACAAUAAUAAUCCCAAUAAUAAACACAUAAUUCAUUUUCUAUAAACAAGCACGUGUACUUAAAUGAAGAAGAAUUCGAUUUAAAUAUUGAAGAUAUAGAUAUUAAAACUAAAUACGAAUCCAGAUUAAUCUAAAGUAUAUUAAAUUUUUUCAAAACACUUCUACUAUUGCACCCAGUUAAAAAAGUAUGCAAAGCAAAUUUAAAAAAUAGGGAUAAAUAACAUCAAGACUUCAGCCCUAUAUUAAAUGAUAGAUAUAGAAUUAUACUUAUUUUAUUUGACAUGAUGAUGAGAAUUGAAAGAGGAAUAAGUGAAACUUCACAAAAUUGCCUUUAAGAUAUGUUAAGUAUGGAAAAUCAUCCCAAAGAAUUGCUUAAUAAUGAAGAUAAACUCAAAAAUAUACUUAAACCAGUACUUAUGUGUCUUUCUUCAGAAUUUUCAUAGUUUACUCCAUCUUUCUUGUAGGUUUUGAGGAAAAUUCUAAAACUAUUGACUCCUUGCUUUAAUAAGGCACUCUCUGAUAAAUUGGCUAAACAUUUAGAAUAAAUAACUCAGGAUCCUAAUAAAAAUAUUGAUUUGUAAUGCAUUUCGGGACUUUUGAAAUUAUUCUAGCACCUUUCAUAUGCUUAUUAAACUGCUUUCUAGACAAAUCUUAUGUAAUAAAAAGAUUAUGUAAAGGAUUCUAUUGAUAAAAUUAUUAAAAGCGUACUUAGUAUAGAAUAAACAUAUUCAUAAAUUAAAGGAAAGUACUAAAUAUAAUAAGUAACAAGAAAAUCAUUAUGUAAAUUUAUUAAUUCUAUGUCCAGUUAAGUAAUUGAAAUUUACUUUGUGGAAAAUGACCCAGAAAUUAUAAACAUUUUACUAGAAGUUUUAAAAUUAGAUAAAUCACUUAUAUUUAGGGAAAGAUUUACUAGAGAUAGUAAUUAAUAAUUAGUGUAUAGAUUAUAUAAUAGAAGAAGUGAAAAUAAAUUAUAAAUGCUUAGAAUAAUAAAAAACCUAGCUAGUAAAAAUUGUAGACUGAUGUUAAAUAAUUAACAAGGCAUUGAUGUAAUAAAAGAAAGAUUUGUCGAUAAAAUAAAAAUUAUGAGAGACAAAAAUAUAUCGGAUAAUACGAAUUUAUAGUUUAUUCCUAAAAGUGAGAUUAUAUAUUAUUUGAAAAUAUUAUUGUUAUACAGUAAAUAAAAGUAAACUGAUAUAGAAACCUUAUUUAUUUUAGCAGACUUUCUAAGUAUAAGAUUAUCAUAAGAUGUUUAUUUUAUUAAAGAUUUCUUUAGAGAAUAUCUCCCAUAUAAAUUUUCGAUAGAGACAAAAAGAAAUAUAUUUUCUAAAUUUAUUGAUUUCAUUAUAAAUUCAAUGAAUGAUAAAGAUAAAAUCGAAAGCAUUAUUAAUGUAUCCGCGAAUAUAAUUUACCCUAUGUUAGUACAUUGUAAUAAAUAAGGAUAAAUUAACUAAAUAAUUGACAAAGCAAAAUUUAUUGAAGGAAUAUCUAAAUUCAGUUAACCUCGUUUAAAAUAUCCUUUCUCCUCUCUUGAUAUUGAAAUUUUAUAAAUUUCUUCACUUAUCCUUCCUUAUAUGAAAGAUGAAAUAAAAGAAUAUAAAAAACACUUAGUUUAAUUUGGAUGGAAAUUUAUUAGAAUAGAGGACAAGAUAUUGAAACAUUUCGGUUAUGUAUAUAUUUGUUAAUUUAUUAAGCUUUUUGGAAUUCCAGAUGAAAUGACUUUGAGUAUAUAUAUUUCAUUAUUAAAAAGACAUGACGAUUAGUCUUAAUAAUUUUUCUAAUAAGACUAAGAAAUAGGAGAGCUAUCAAAGAAAGCAUUAAAUAUAUUAAUUCCUUAUUUAGCUUAAAGAAUAUAAAGGAAAAAUAAUAAUUAAUAAUAAAGCUAAUAACAAAUAUAACAACUAUAAUUAUAAUAAAACUAAUAAUAAUAAUAAUAAUAAUAAAGCUAAUAAUAAAACUAAUAAUAAAACUAAUAGUAAAACUAAUAAUAAAACUAAUAAUAAAACUAAUAAUAAAACUAAUAGUAAAACUAAUAAUAAAACUAAUAAUAAAACUAAUAAUAAAGCUAAUAAUAAAGCUAAUAAUAAUCAAAUAAUAAUAAAACUAAUAAUAAAACUAAUAAUAAUAAAACUAAUAAUAAUACUAAUAAUAAUAAAACUAAUAAUAAUAAUAAUAAUAAUAAUAAUAAUAAUAAUAAUAAUAAUAAUAAUAAUAAUAACAUUAAUAAAGUUAAAAUAUUUAAUAAAAUUAAUAAUAAGGAAAUAAUAUAUAACUAGAUUGGAUCAGAUUUACUACAAAUUUAUUUUAGGAUGAAUCAAAUUAAAGAUAACCUAAAGAAAAAAUAAACGAAUUUUUGCCAUAAGUAUAUAAGCUUUUGGAUUAAAAAAAUAAUUCUUAACAUUUAAAUAGUAUACAUAAUUAACAAAAUUUAUAAAAUAAUACAAAUAAUAAUUCUAAUUAAACAAAUACUGGAAAUUUGA